UGACUGAGCCACCCAGGCGCCCCAAGAUUUUAUUUAUUUUUUGACAGCAAGAGAGAGAUAGUGAGAGCAGGAACACAAGCAGGGGGAGUGGGAGAGGGAGAAGCAAGCUGCCCGCUGAGCAGGGAGCCCAAUGUGGGCCUCGAUCCCACGACCCUGGGAUCAUGACCUGAGCAGAAGGCAGAUGCUUAACCGACUGAGCCACCCAGGCGCCCUUCCUCCACUCCUUUCUAACUCAGUUUGGGAAGACAAAGAAGUUCUGGAGCUGGAUGGUGGUGAUGGUUGCCCAACGUGAAUGUACUUAAAAUGCCACUGAACUGUACACUUUACCACAACUUAAAAAAAAAGAAACUCCAAAUGUUCUUUAAUAAAUACCUUAAGCAUUUUACAGCGUGGGGGGAAGAGAUGAAGAAAUCAGCAAUGAGGGAGCAAAGCAGAGGGUUGAGACUCUUGAAAGGUGACAGGAGGGACAGCAGGAACCUCCCCUUCCCCAGCUUGCUCAGGCUGCAACCUAGGGCCCUUGUUCUGGGUUUGUCAAGGCAGAAAGUCCCGGGGCCCCACCCAAGUCGGGGUUAUCUCUCUGGUUGCCCAGCUUCCCAGCGCCUUGGGGGCCAGCGAUUGCUUCUCACUCACUGGACUGACAGGCAGAGCCCAGCUGGAGUCUGGCCUCGGCUGCACACUUGCUGUGUGUCUGGGGAGCACAAUCCCUGUCCUUUCCGGCCCCGGGGUCUCCCAGCAGGCCUCCCAACGCUCUUCCUGCCAAAACACUGCGUGUGUCCCUUCACCCUGCCUGGAUUCUAGCCAGGCCCAUGACCCCCUUGGUCAGUCCUAGCAGUGACACUGCGCCCUCCUGCGGCUUGUUCCUGAGACUGGGGAGUCCUAGGUCGGGCCCCAGCCCUGAUGAUCUCAUCUCCUCCCCUGAGGCUCCUGUUGUGAACCAGGCCCUGGGAUAGGUGUCUGUCACACAUUCCCAGUUAACGCUCACGGGGCAACCCACUGUAUACACCAGGAAGGCUGGUGUAUAAAGACAGCCUGAGCUCAGAACUCUGCAGCGAUACAGAGCAGCCGCGGGGUCACCCAGGAGCCCUUCCCAGGGAGGGAACCCGCGGGGGGGGCGGGGCCGCGGCGGGGGCGGGGCCGCGGCGGGGUCUGGCGGCCGAGCAGGCGAGAGGCUUCUCGGCGAAGCGUCUCCGCGCGACCAGCCGCCGGGUGCCAUGGCCGCCGAUCGGCGCGGGAAGGCCGAGACUCUGGCCCUGAGGCGGCGGCUGAUAAGCGAUUCUUGCAGACUCUUUUUUCCGGAGGAUCCUAUUAAGAUUGUCCGGGGUCAAGGACAGUACUUGUAUGACGAACAGGGUGCAGAAUACCUGGAUUGUAUCAACAAUGUGGCUCAUGUCGGGCACUGCCACCCUCUCGUGGUCCAGGCCGCACACGGACAGAACCAGGUGCUCAACACCAACAGCCGGUACCUGCACGACAACAUCGUGGACUACGCACAGAGGCUGGCAGAGACCCUGCCGGAAAAGCUCUGUGUGUUUUAUUUCCUGAAUUCUGGGUCAGAAGCCAAUGACCUGGCCCUGAGGCUGGCCCGCCAGUACACGGAACACUGGGACGUGGUGGUAUUAGACCAUGCUUACCACGGUCACCUGAGCUCCCUGAUCGACAUCAGUCCCUACAAGUUCCGAGACCUGGAUGGCCAGAAGGAGUGGGUCCAUGUGGCACCUUUGCCAGACACCUACCGGGGUCUUUACCGGGAGGACCACCCCGAUCCAGCUGGGGCCUACGCCAGUGAGGUGAAGCGCGUGGUGAACAGCGUGCAGGAGAAGGGCAGGAAGAUCGCAGCCUUCUUUGUGGAGUCUCUGCCCAGUGUUGCGGGACAGAUCAUUCUCCCGGCUGGCUACUUCCCCGAAGUGGCAGAGCACGUCCGCAGGGCUGGAGGGCUCUUCAUCGCAGACGAGAUUCAAGUGGGCUUUGGCCGAGUAGGCAAGCACUUCUGGGCCUUCCAGCUACAGGGAGAAGACUUUGUCCCCGACAUUGUCACCAUGGGCAAGUCCAUUGGCAAUGGCCACCCAGUAGCCUGUGUGGCCACAACCCAAGCUGUGGCAAGGGCCUUUGAGGCCACCGGCGUCGAGUAUUUCAACACGAUGUACAAUGUAGUGAUUCAACACUUCAUACCUCACCUGGUGCUCAUCAUAAGUGCACAGCUCAAUCCCCUUCACCUACUUCAGCCGUCCCCCACCCCCUCCCCUCUGGUAACCAUCAGUUUGUGCUCUGUAGUUAAGAGUCUGUUUCUUGACUUGUCUCUCUCUCUCUCUUUUUUCCCCUUGCUUGUCUGUUUUGUUUCUUAAAUUCCACAUGACUGAAAUCAUAGUAUUUUGUCUGUCUCUGACUUAUUUCGUUUAGCCUCAUACUCUCUAGGUCCAUCCAUAUUGUUGCAAAUGGCAAGAUUUUGUUCUUUUUUAUGGAUGAAUAAUAUUCCAUUGCAUAAAUAUACCACUUCUUCUUUAUGCAUUCAUCGGUCAGUGGACACUUGGGCUGCUUUCAUAUCUUGGCUAUUAUAAAUAAUCCUGCUAGGGCGCCUGGGUGGCUCAGUUGGUUGAGCGACUGCCUUCGGCUCAGGUCAUGAUCCUGGAGUCCCGGGAUCGAGUCCCGCAUCGGGCUCCCUGCUUGGCAGGGAGUCUGCUUCUCCCUCUGACCUUACCCCCUCUCGUGUUCUCUCUCUCAUUCUCUCUCUCUCGCUCUCGCUCCCAAAUAAAUAAAUAAAAUCUUUAAAAAUAAAUAAAUAAAUAAAUAAUCCUGCUAUAGGGGCGCGUGGGUGGCUCAGUCGUUAAGUGUCUGCCUUCAGCUCAGGUCAUGAUCCCAGGGUCCUGGGAUCGAGUCCCACAUCGGGCUCCCUGCUCCACGGGAAGCCUGCUUCUCCCUCUCCCACUCCCCCUGCUUGUGUUCCUUCUCUUACUGUGUCUCUCUCUCUGUCAAAUAAAUAAAUAAAAAAUCUUAAAAAAAAAAAAAAGUCACAUGCUCUACCUACUGAGCCAACCGGGCACCCUGGGAAUUGAAUCUUUAUUUUUUUUUAAGAUUUUAUUUAUUUAUUCGAGAAAGAGAGAGACAGCAUGAGCAGGGGGAGAAGGAGAAGCAGACUCCCCGCUAAGCAGGGAGCCCAAUGCGGGGCUCGAUCCCAGGGCCCUGGACUCAUGACCUGAGCCAAAGUCAGAUGCUGAACCGACUGAGCCACCCAGGCACCUCUUGAAUCUUUUUUAAAACUUGAGGUAUGACUGACAUAUUAGUUUCAGGUACACAACAUAAUGAUUCGAUAUUUAUCUCAAAAUGAUCACCAAAACAAGUCUAGUUAACAUCCAUCACCACACAUAGUUACAGAUUUUUUUUUCUUAUAGUGAGAACUUCUAAGGUCUACUCUGUUAGCAACUUUCAAAAAUAUGGUAGAGUGUUAUUACCUAUAGUCCCCAUUCUGCACAUUUUACCCCCAGAACUUAUUUAUUGUAACUGGAAGUUUGUACCUUUUGACGAACUGCACUCAUUUCACCCAUCCCCCACCACCACCACCUGUGGCAACUACCGAUAUGUUCUCUGGAUCAAAGCAUUCCAUUUUGGGUUUGUUUUUUGCCUUUUUUUUUUUUUUUAAGAUUUUAUUUCUUUGAGAGAGAGAGCACGAGCAGGGCGGGGAGCAGCAGGUGGAGGCAGAGAGAGAAGCAGACUCCCCACUGAGCAGGGAGCCCAAUGCGGGGCUCGAUCCCAGGACCCUGAGAUCGUGACCUGAGCCAAAGGCAGACGCUUAACCAACUGAGCCACCCAGGCACCCCUGUUUUUUGCUUUUUGUUUUGAUUCCACAAGUAAGUGAGAUGCAGAAUUUGUCUUUCUCUAUCGGACUGAUUUCACUUAACAAUGUCCUCAAGGUACAAGGCAUGCUGUCACAAAUAGCAAGAUUUCCUUCCUUUUUAUGGUGGGAUCAUAUUCCAUUGUGUAUAUAUACUGCAUUUUCUGUAUCCAUUCAACCAUGUGUGGACACUUAGGUUGCUUCUAUGUCUUGGCUAUUGAAAAUAGUGCUGUUGGGGCACCUGGGUGGCUCAGUCGGUUGGGUGUCUGCCUUCAGCUCAGGUCAUGAUCCCGGGGUCCUGGAAUUGAGCCCCACAUCGGGCUCCCUGCUCUGCGGGAAGCCUGCUUCUCCCUCUCCUACUCCCCCUGCUUGUGUUCCUGCUCUCGCUAUCUCUCUCUGUCAAAUAAAUAAAUAAAAUCUUAAAAAAAAGAGAGAGAAGAAAAAGAAAAUAGUGCUGCAAUUGAUACAGGAGUGCAGAUAUCUCUUCAAGAUAAUGCGUUUUCGUUUCCUUCUGAUAUAUACCCAGAAGUGGAAUUUCUGGAUCAUAUGGUAGCUCUAUUUUUAAUUUUUUGAGGAACCUCCAUACUGUUUUCCAGAGUGGCUGCCCCAAUUUACAUUCCCACCACCAGUGCACGAGGAUUCCCUUUCUCCACAUCUUCGCCAACACUUGCUAUUUCUUGUCUUUUCGGUAAUAGCCAUUCUCAGAGGUUGUGAGGCGAUAUCUCAUUGUGGUUUUGAUGCUGAGUGAUGUUGGGCACCUUUUCGUGUACCUAUUGGCCAUCUGUAUGUCUUUUCAGGAAAAUGUCUAUUCAGAUAUUCUGCCCAUUUUAAUCAUAUUCUUCUUUUUUUGGCUAUUGACUUGUAUGAAAUCUUUAUGUUUUGGAUAUUCUCUCCUUAUCAAAUAAACGAUUUGCAAAUAUUA